ACAGCUAACAGAAAUGUAUGUUUGAUAGAGAUUCUGUCAAUGUUGCAUCCUGGCGUCCAGGGAACAGUGUUACAGACAUCGUGCCUAUAAUAUGUGUUUGAUCCAACACACCUACAUCAUGUGCCGACCCGUGAAGAUCCGGGAAAGAAUAGAUCUUCAGCAACCCAUACUUGCCGUAAAAGGCGACCAACGGCUUGGAUAAUAGGAAGGCUUGGAGCCAUACACUAUCCGGAGCACAGUGUAAGUCUAGCACUAGGCAUUGUAACGGGUGCCAUGUGUGCGUGAAGCUAUGGCAUUGUCUCUGGGUAACUGUUGUGCCAAUUCGGCAAUGACGCCGGGUGUUGUUGGCACUCUAUACCCUCUACCAAAGCAAGCUCCACACCGAUAUGUCAGGAAUACACUGUUGUGCCAAUUCGAUAUGUCAGGAAUACACAGAGUACUCCAGUGACGUAAGAAGAAGUCAGCGAAUCUCGCCACACACUAAAGCAGUUCUUCAAUGACGCCGGUUGCUGUUGGCAUUCUAUACCCUCUACCAAAGCAAGCUCCACGUCAGGAAUACACUAUUUUUAAUUUUGAAUGCAAGCUCUUUGGGUUAACGUCAGUUGUCAGUGUCAUAUGUGAAUGGACGUGUACAAUAUUUAGUCCAUACCAAUUGUGUCACACAAAGCUGGGUGACGUCAAGCUUUCAUAUCACCUCACCUGUUCGAGGCAUCAAACUGAGUACCCGUUUAUUGGAAGUGUGAAUGCUUUGCUCUAGUUGAACAGGAAGCUGGUGAAACUGUUUGCAUUGUCUUCGUCGUUACAGAAGUAGGAUCAAUGGGAAGAAUGCGGUAGUUAUGUCAGCAAUAGUGUGGCUUGGGGCAGUGUUGAUGUAAAUGCAUUUAUCUCUCCACCUCUGUAUGUUUACUGACGACGGAUGAAAGAAGCUCAGACGUUUUGUAGUACGCUCCGUUUGCUUUGGCUGCAGGGAAUUGUUGAUAACAGUUCUUUGAAAACAAGUGUAGUUGUUGUUUCCACCAGUACGCAUGAUGCCGGAGAAGAAUGCGGUAGUCUUGUCAGCAACAAUGUGGCUUGGGGCAGUUCUCGUGUUAACAUUUUCAGCAUCACAAGUGUAUGGACAGACGAAUUGUGUAUGGGGAAGAUGGGGAGAUCAGUGCGAAAAAGCCUGCCCUGAACGUUGUAUUGUCAAUGAAGCCAGGAAUCUCCAGCACUGCCACAAGUUGACUGGGAAGUGUUCUGAGGGAUGCAUGCGUGGGUGGCAUGGCGAUAUGUGUGUUCUACCUUGUAGCAGCCACUGCGAAAAGAACACAUGCAACCGGCAGAAUGGUCUGUGUAGUUUUGGCUGUGAUGGAACCUACAGAGGAGACUUCUGCAAUAUCACAACAGUAGUGGUUUCAACGCACUCAACGUCACCGACACCACGGGCAUCUACACCUAGGCCUGGGAAAUACACGGACCUAGUCGUGAUUAUUGUCCCCAUCAUCAUCAUCAUCAUAAUCUGCCUUGUCACAGUCGUAGUGGUGGCAUUUAUAGUAAGAAAACGGAAAAAGAGAAGAAAAAACGGCGAUGGCAGGUCCCCGGAAGACAUUCCCUUAAUGGAAAGAAGUAGAGCGGCCUUUGGCAAAUUGGGACAUGGUCUGGAUGAACAACGCAUGGAGCCAGAUCCAAUUGACCGAGAGAUAAACAAUACACGAACAUUGUUUGUGGAAACUGAAAACUUUAAGAAAGUGAGAGAAAUGUUGGAGACGUUCCAUCAUGUGACCAUCAGUGGUGCUCCGGGUGAAGGUAAAACAUCCAUGGCCCUGAUGCUGGGAGCUGAAUACAGGAAGCAGGGGUAUGAGCUGGUACUGGUUGAUGAUCUCGCACAAGUAAACUUGUCUGACUGGCAAGGCCAUGAUGUAUGUGUGAUAUUUGAUGACAUAUUUCAGAAGGCAGGGUCCCAUAUGGAUGUGCCUCGUUUUAAACACCUUCUGUAUGACCUCCAUCUGUACCUAGCACAGUGCAAGGACAGGUCUGAGAGACGAUAUGAGAGUAUGCAGCAGGAGUCGGGAGAGGAAGAAAGAAGAGACAAUCAGUCAGACAUGUACCUCAUAUUCACCACAGAAACCUCCGCACUAGAACAUGCAAUGUUAAAACUUGAAGGUCAUCCAAUUUGGUUUUUCAAUAACUCUGCAAAAGCAUUAUUGUCUUACACACCGGAGGAGAAGAAAGAAAUAUGGAUGAAACAUAAACACCAUUACAAAUGCAAAGCAGAAGUGGAUGAGAUCGAACUUGGUGCAUGUGAUGAACAAACUGUUGGAUUUCCUCUUAUUUGCAAAUUGUUCUCCAGUUAUGCUGCCUUUCAAGAACAAGAUGAAACGUUUUGGGAACAUCCUGUAUUCUAUCUUAAACGGGAACUUGAUACAGUGAUUAAUAGAAGGGAUGACCACUCAGCUGCCCUAAUCCUGGUGCUCCUGUGUGACGGGCAGCUGAACCUAAGUCAGCUGGAGACUGAAUCUGACAACCCAGACCUGGAUGUCCACAUCAAGGCAGCUCUGUCCUUUGUGAAGACAUCAACCAGACAAGAUGUAGAUGAGGCUGUCAGAAGUUUAUGUGGUUCGCUUUUGACAGAAGGAAACUUAAUAACAUUUUCCCAUUCAAUGAUUUAUGAUGUCUGUGCUUCUGUCUUGUUUAGUAUUGAUCCAGAAUUUAUCCGUAAACAUUGCAGUAUUAAGUUCCUCUUUGAGCAUGUACAGGAUCAGCAAGCAGACAUGGCUGCCGUCGAAACACACCAGCUCAUUAUUCCUUUCUCAGGGGCCUACAGUGAAACCAUUGUUGACAGAAUGGCUGAUUAUCUUGCCAGUGGGGCUUUAAGUGAAUACAUCAUGCAUCCCAUAUAUAAAAGGAAAGAAAUAGCUGACAAAUUAUCUCAAAUGAUUAAAGAUCCCACUUCUCUGUCUCAUGAUGAUAUGCACAACAUCUUCCAUUGUGUAUGCUUCAAUGGGAACAAUAAUAUCCUGAAGCAACUUGUUCCUCACUGUGACAUCAAUAGACGUGGGUUGAAUGGUUGGACGCCUGCUAUGUUCGCAGUUGUCUCCGGACAGAUGGAAAGUUUGAAACUCCUGGUGAAACACAAAGCUGAUAUAGAACUAUGUGACAGCAACAACAACAGCCUAUUACAUUUGGCCAUUGAGAAUGGAACAACUGCCAGUGUAGAAUAUCUACUUAAAGAACAUAAAAUUGACAUCAACACUCGAGGAAUGCAUGGCUGGACACCACUUGUGUGUGCAGUGUUUGCUGGGAAGAAGGAUGUUUUGGAUGUUCUUUUGAAACACAAAGCUGACAAUAGAUUAAGAGAUACCAACAUCAGGAAUGCGAUACAUCUGGCAUGUGAGUGGGGAGGAAAUUCCAUUGUGGGACAUCUUCUGCCAUUCACGGAUGUGAAUUCCCAUGGAAAACAUGGUCACACACCAAUAAUGUGUUCAGUAUCAUCUGGAAAGAAGAAAACAUUCGACCUUCUUUUGACAAAGAAUGCAGACAUCAACCUGACUGAUGAUGACAACAACAGCAUCCUUCAUGUGGCUUGCCAGCCGGAUAAUACAUCUAUUUUAGAGUAUCUACUUACACAGCUUGACAUCAAUAGGCCGGGAAAACAUGGCUGGACACCAGUUAUGAAGGCAGCUGUGAAUGGCAGGAAGGAUGUAUUUGACCUGCUUGUGAAAGAGAAAGUGAAUAUUGAACUGACUGAUGACAGUGGUAACAAUCUCCUCCAUCUUGCAUGUCACAGCGGAAAUGCCUCCAUUGUGAAAUACCUACUCCCACAGUUUAACAUCAACAGUCGUGGAGGCAAUGGCUGGACGCCAGUGAUGUUUGCGGCUGUCAAUGGAGACAGUGAUGUGUUCCGCCUGCUUGUGUCAAAUGGUGCUGAUCUCUCCCUGGAAGAUGACUACAACAACUCUGUAUUUCAUUUAGGAUGUAUCGGAGGAAACAGAACCAUAGUGAAAGAUCUACUGCCAAAAGCUGAUAAGAACAGUCAGGGAAACCUUGGGAGAACAGGGGUUAUGAAGUCUGCUUGGGCAGGCAAUGCCGAUGUUUUCACACUUCUUGUGGGAAAGAAAGCUGAUCUCACAACAAUUGAUGAUAACAAUGAUACCAUACUUCACCUUGCCAGUCAGGGUGGGAAUUGCUCAAUUGUGAAAUAUCUGAUAGGGGGAAAGUUUGAGAUAAAUUGUCGUGGAAAAGACGAUUUGACAACUUUGAUGUCUGCAGCCUGGUCUGGAAAGAAAGAUGCGUUUGAACUUAUUUCUUCAAGGGAAGCUUCCAUGUCCCUUUUCAAUGAAUAUCGUGACACAAUCCUCCACUUGGCAUGUGAAGGGGGAAAUAUAUCCAUUGUAGAAUCACUUCUGUCAAAAGUAGAUGUUAACACUCGGGGAAAGAAUGGUCGGACUCCAGUCAUGGUUGCAGCAUUGGUUGGGAAGAAGGAUGUGUUUGACUUUCUGGUUUCAAAGAAAGCUGAUCUCACACUGCCUGAUGACUACAGUAACACCAUUCUUCAUCUUGCAUGCCGGGGUGGAAAUACGUUCAUCAUAGAGCAUCUCAUACCACUGUUUGACAUGAACAGACCUGGAGAAGAUGGAUUGACACCAUUAAUGAUGGGAGCUCUCAGUAGGAAGAAGGAAGCUUAUGAUCUGAUUACAAGUAAUGGGGGUAAUCAAUCAUUAACGGCCUCUGAAAAUGAUAUUGUUCUUCAUGCAGCCUGUCUUGGGGGUAAUCUAGCCAUUGUUAAGGAGGUGAUUGACAGCUUUGACAUCAACACCAGGGGAAGGAAUGGCGAGAUUCCUCUGAUGCGAGCAGUCUGUGGAGGCCACAUUGCUGUCUACAGAUAUUUGAUGUCCCGUGGUGCUGACCAUACUCUGGUGGACAAUGACGGACACACUCUACUACAUCUUGCAUGUCAUCACGGACAGCUUGCAAUGUUGAAACAUAUCAUAGCUGAUUUUGAUGUCAACUCAAAGGACAAUAUGGGCCUCACAACCGUCAUGACGGCUGUACUGCACAGAAAAGCUGCAGUUGUCAAAUACCUGACCAGUAGAGGAGCGGAUCUGACUUCAGUUGACAACACGGGAGACGAUGCCCUUACUCUCGCCCUGAAACUCGGUAACAGACAAAUCAUAAAACAACUGGACAGAAAACAAGUCAAACAAGUGGCACCGUGGAAUGAGCUAAUGAAGUCCCUGGUCAGGGGUGAAGUAGUAUUCCUGAAGACCUACAGUCGAGGGAGUACUGACCUGGUUCAGACAGAUCAGGAUGGAGACAGUUUACUACAUCUGGCCUGUCGAGGAGGGAACAGACUAUGUGUGGAGUAUCUGCUCCCAUCCUAUGACGUCAAUGUCCGUGGUCGCCAUGGCUGGACACCGGUGAUGAUGGCGGCUGUGUGUGGACAUGCUGAUGUCUUCCGGCUACUGGUGGAUCAUGAGGCAGAUCUCUUCCUGGAAUCACCCACAGGGGAAAAUAUGCUCACACUGGCGCGGCGUGGAAACAACAAAGAAAUAAUCACACAAAUAGAGAAACAUGAUUAGAAUGAAAGUAUUCCAUGAACAUUAAAUCUGAGCAAAGUAUUGAAUUCUUCAUUUAUAUUGAACUUACAUCUCCAUAUUUUUUUUACAAUAACGAAUGGAAAGGAGAGUGACAGACCCAUGGCAUAACGUCACAGCGACAAAUCCGCCUGUGUUUCCUUGUUUGUUGGAAGCAUGAUACUCACAUAUGUGUUUAUGUGAACAGCACACAUUGAUUGCUUUGCGAUCAGGUGCUACACAAUCGCGUUUGUCAACCGUAAAUAAUAAUGGUUAUGCAAUGCCACGACUUGCGGAAAGUCAACGUUCAUGCGCGGAUGGUAUUGGGUGUCAGGCCCUGUGGUCUCGUGGUAGAGCGUCCGCUCGGAGAUCGGGAGG